AUGGAUGGCACACAGGUUGGUGUCUUCGAAAAGACCGACCAGGUAGGCCUCAGCAGCUUCCUGCAGAGCAAGAACGGCAGAGGACUGGAAACGCAAGUCGGUUUUGAAGUCCUGGGCAAUUUCCCUGACAAGACGCUGGAAGGGCAACUUGCGGAUAAGAAGCUCAGUGGACUUUUGGUACCUCCUGAUUUCACGCAGAGCGACCGUACCGGGACGGUACCUGUGUGGCUUCUUAAUACCGCCAGUGACCGGAGCUGA